CGACAGCGCAUCAGGACUGAAGCCACGAGCUGCCCCCGCAGCACCCCGACCUCAAACUACCUGCACAGCGACGCCACAGCGGGACGAAGACCGUGUGCUUUUAAUCUCAAUGUAAUUUAUUUUAAAACUACUGACGACCCUCCGAGUUCGGGACGACGAUCGCCGGGCGAAGUCUUUAUUUGAAGAGCGCUGCAUGACAACGCUGAACACCCCCGAUCCUAAAGCCUGACGGUGCAGCAACAACAACAGUGGUAUCACUGCAGGCAGCGAGGCGCUAUCCUCGGGAUUAAUCCGGGUGGUAACGCCCGACGACAUACGAGACAACACAACAAAAGCAUAUAUUUUUCUGUGUGUCUGUGGGGGGGCGGGAUUGUUGCGUUGAAACGCGAUGUGAAACCAGCGAUGAUCAACUUGGUGGAAAGUUGGGAGAGACGGCGGAUAAAGGCAAGCGUUCACAAAGUGUGUUCCGAAGCGCGCUAAGGCGAGUUCAGCUCAACGUCCAAGUCCGAACCGCCUGUCCGCGUGCCGAUCGAGUCCAACCACGGGAUCAUGUGCGAGGUGACCAUGGAGGAGCAGGACGGGGAGAUCUCCGACAUCGACCCGCAGGACGACUGCUCCGUGCUGGACGGGAACCGAGUCAUGCUGGUGGUCAAUCACAGCCGGAUCCAGCCCCCCUUCAGCGUGCUGCUGGCCACGGCGCUCUACUGCGCGGAGUUCGUCACCGCCGCGGUGCUCUGCGCAAUGUACCGCAGGACCGACGAUGUCAUCUGGCUGAGCUUCACCAUCGCCUUCAUGCUGCUGCCCGCCCUGCUCAUCCAGCUGGCGCUCACGUUCAUCCACCGGGACCUGGGUCGGGACCGGCCGCUGGUCCUCUUCCUGCACCUGCUGCUGCUCGGCCCUGUCAUUAGGUGUUUUGAAGCUCUGGUGAUCUAUUUCAAGUCGAAUAAAAUGGAGGAGCCCUAUGUCACCAUCUCCAGGAAGAUCCAUCUGACGAAGGGCCAGGGGAUCCCGAUGGAGUGGGAAAUCGGCCAAUCGGAGCGCAACCUGGCCUCGCACAGAAACGCCUUCAAGCGCACCACGGUGAUCCAGGCUUUCCUGGGGUCAGCGCCUCAACUGACGCUCCAGCUGUACGCCACCAUCCAGGAGAAAUACUUACCCCCUGUCAGAUUGGUUCUGAUGAUCAUCACGCUGAUCUCCGUCACGUACGGGGCUGUCGUGUGCAGCGUUCUGGCCAUCCAGAUCAGAUACGACAACUACAAAGUGCGGUUGCGCCCUUUUUCCUACCUGUGCAUGAUCGUGUGGCGAGGGCUGGAGAUCGCCACCCGGAUCACGGCUCUGGUCCUCUUCAGCACGGCGCUGACCCACUGGGUGAUCCUCGUCAGCAUGGUCAACCUGCUCUUCUUCUUCUUCCUGCCCUGGGUGGAGUUCUGGGUGAGGAAGGGCUCGCUGACCGACGACGUGGAGAAGAACUUCUCCAAGCUGGGCACCAUGGUGGUGCUGUCCAUGUUCACGUUGCUCUACGCCUGCAUCAACACCUUCUGCUGGUCGGCGGUGCAGCUGGACUUCUCCCAUCGAGAGCUCAUCGAGAAGAAGCAGCAGUGGGACCGCCUGGCCAUGUACUACGCGGGCCGCUUUGUGGAGAACUUCCUCCUCGUCACGCUCUGGUACUUCUUCAAGUCUGACUUCUACGAGUACGUGUGCGCGCCGCUGCUCGCCGUCCAGCUGCUGAUCUGCUACAGCCUGGCCUUGCUCUUCAUGCUGCUCUUCUACCAGUUCUGCCACCCCUGCAGGCGCCUCUUCAAGUACAACGUGCACGACUGCAUGCACUGCGUCUGCUUCCGUCCGGGGAGGAGGGGGGCGGGGGGCGGACGGCGGAAGAUGGCGCCCUCCUACUCCACCGCCGCCACCAUGGUGCUGGUGCCGGAGGAGCCGCUGGAGCUGCUCGACCCCCACAGCUCCCACCCCGCGGACCUCACCAGUCCGCUGAGGGAGAGGGAGACGGACAUGGUGGAUGAGAUAAUGGAGGCGCCCUGAGAGAGGCUCGGUGGGGAAUUAAAGGAACAAGUUCUCUAGAAAUGCAUCUCGGCUGCACCACGGAACGAAACCUCGAGUACUUUGACACAAAAGACCAGAAUGAGUGCGUUUUUUUUUUUUUUUAAGUCAGCGAGGUGAUGAACUAUUCCCCCGAAGUGCACAGAAGCUUCUCACCUUACGGCCGUGGCGGGGAUUCAUGUGAACUCCCGAUGGCUUCACGGAGUGUGCCGACUCUCACCCGGGGCACAGCGGGGCCUCAGUCCACCAAAGAAUGUAGCAUGUCGAGAUGUGCAGCGAUGCACAAAGGCCGCCUUGAGCGAGCAGCAGUGGGUCAUGCACAGAACUGAGCCAGGUGUGCGGGAAACGUGCCAAGACUGACCGGGGGCACCCCCAGUUUACUUCAUUUUGGGGAACUCCCUCCACGAACGCUGCCUUUGCACACGUCUGCAUCUGCACUUAGCCGACUUUGUUUUUAUUAACCGCAGGAGGACGGGAGACAGAAGAAUGUGUCCUCCUCGUAUCCAACUAAGUAAACCUGCUGUGAUGAAUGCCGUGUAUUGUUCACUUCUCAGUCUGGUUCCAUUGAUUUACGAAAACAGGUUUUAGUUUGACAAAAAUGAGUCAACCGUGAGCGAUUAGACGGUGUGGGAUAUCACGCGUGUUGUUAACCUCCCAUAUGAUGACGCUUUAACCAGAUUGACGUUAAUUAGCUUCUACUUUAUCAAUGUGCUUUGACAGUUUUGCUAAUAUUUCAUGUUUUGUCAACGUUUGUUCCUUCAGUGCCUUGACUAUUAUUGUUUUACUUGAAACCCAAAUAAAAGAAUCUGAUAUUGACACGAUAA